AUGCGUAUAUCCCGUAGUCCCUCCCUCCUCGACAUAGAGUGGAGACGAUGGCACAAUCAUUCACUCGUGGAAAGGGAGUCGGCGUCGAUUCUUCCCCUCUUUCAUUCAGAGGAUAUUUACUCUUGCUCUUCUGACUCUACUGUUCGUCUCCUCCCUACGCUGGGACAUCCAUCACCACGAUACCUAUCCCAGUCCUAUUUACUUGAUAUCUUCGUAUCUGCUGAAUGGAAACUGUCAUCUCACCUCGCUCGGAAGUACAAUGCUAUCAUUCGGAGUCUAUAUGGGUUGGUUUUUCUUUUAAAAAAAGACGCAUUCCGUCAAUGGCGAACUCGUGUCAUUAUUCACAACCACAAGAACUCAAAGCUAUUCUCAACUCUUUUGCUAUUUAUUUCGAGGACCACGCGCCUUGUGCGAUGUUUCGUGAUGCCGAGGAAGAAAAGGAUAAAUUGUUGGAUGUCUUGUAUUAAACCGCUGGACUGUAAUUGGAACAUGUUCCUGUUCACGUCCUUUUACCAUCUAUGUACCACAUACCUAUGCACUGUAUAUCGUCAUCCCUCUUUCAUAUCUGAUCUUCACAACAUACACGUAAUUCUUGUAGCUCUCAUAAUAUCAUCAUGUAUUGUCUAAAAUUAGGGCCACUCGGAUAAGAACUUGAAGAAAAC